AAAGAAGCAUUGGAGUGGUGGGAAAAACAGAAAUUGUAAUGUAUUUAAUGGUUAUAAUGGGAAAAGCCUAUUGGCUUCAAAUGAAAUUAAAAUUUAUUUUAAACUCUGUGGGUCUCUACUGCUUGUAGUUUAUAGUACCUACUGGAAUAAGACCUAAACAAUAAUACAUACCUGUAAAGAAAUUAUGUAAUGGUUUUAACGGUAGGCCUAGUAAAUGAACGGUGGUUCAUAUUUGCAAUGUAAAUCAUAAGAAUUGUUUUAUUCACUAGCGAUAUAAAGUCUGUGACAUUCACGGUACAUUCGACCCUGGGCUCUGAGAAAGAGAAAGAGAUGAUGGGAGUGGCCGUGCACCUGUCAGACCUGUUCCCGACACAUGACUCCAGAGGGAUCGUCCUGUGGGUGCUGCUUUGUUCAGCUGUGCCUCUGAAAGUAAGAGAGGAUGGCGGACACACCGAACCCGGCCGCGACCUCCUUCCCGGCGCCUACUGUCUCUCUGCCGCUCGGGGUGGGAAUACUGAGGACUUACUCUGGGGCUCUCAUCUGUUUGGAGAUUGUGUUUGGCGCCUUGGUAUGGAUUUUAAUAGCGUCGACGAACGUGUCCGUACCGUUGUUGCAGGGAUGGCCGAUGUUUGUCUCCUUAACAAUGUUCAUUUGUUCAUCCACAUACCUCGCCCUCUUUUUACUGGGCCUGGCUGACAGAAUUAACACUGACUGGAAUUUUGUGGAUAUGUUCUAUCAUUUCGUCGCUUUGCUUUGUUAUUUUGGUGCCUUUUUGCUGGAGGCUACAGUUUCAUCUGCAGGCGCAUAUAUAAAUGGCACUGCCUGUAUGCGCAGACCCCGUGGCAAUAUCAUCACAUUUCUGGAUUAUCGAGAGUACAAUAUUAAUGUCGCUGCAGCGAUAUUUGCAUUUAUAGUGACUAUUUUUUAUGGCUGCAGCAUGUUCAUGGGCUUCAAGAGGUGGAGGAAGUGAAACACAAACUGGUGCAUAUGUGAGCCAUCACUUAACAUGGAUGUUAUUAAACGUUAUUAAACAUCAGCUGUACUGUUAUGGGCAUUGCUUAAGGUGAUGUCACUUCACUGGUUUACCACAAUGUCCCCAGGGUGUUUAUUCACAUUGUCAUUUAAAAAUAACAUGUUUUUCGGUUUAAUUUGGUAAUUUGGACAAGAAUGACAUAAUAUUUAAACAAAUAUUUCUAUUUAGCAUUUGUUUAAAUAUCUGCAUAAUCUUAAAACCUUAGACAAAAGACCCAGGCAACUUUUUUUUGAAAACUGUAAAUGCAACAUAAGUUAGAUGCAUAACUGUGUAUGUAUCGUGCGUAAUAUAUAUUUUAUAUUAUUUAAUAUCCAACUGACUUGCUGUCUUAUGUUUAUACAUCGUGAAAUCAUAAUGUAGAGCUUUAAUAAACCACAAACAUUUUUCCUACUGUGUGUGAUGAAAUCUACAUUCAAAUGUUACAGAAUAUUCUUAGUUUACACAUAAUCUUGAGACAGCUGAGCUAUCAUUUAAUUACAUUAUGUGUAUUGACCACUAGAGGGACUAUUUUGCAUGGAUUUCAACCACUGGAAUGCAUGAAGUAGAUUUCUUUUUAAUUUUACAUUAACAUUGUUGACUGUUUUUUUUUGUUUAUUAAGCAGGUGUCUUAGGUUAACUCUGUGGGUGAGUGCAAAUUGCCAAAUUACAGUAAUGUUAUAAUUAAAUCUCUUAAAUUUAUCAGUGAUUAAAUGAACGAUCAAUGGUUAAAUUAA